GAUUCGAGUAAAAAAUUUGUUAAAUUUAUUGUAGAGAAAGCGCGCAAAUGUCGUAAGUGUGUGAUUCCAUACAAAUAAACACUGUACUCUAGAUGUUUUAAUAGAAAAAUGAAGGAAGAUUAGCCGUGCGGACUUCAGUUGUGCGCUAAACUUUGCAAACGUCGGGCCAAUUCUGUCUGCCGAUCUGAAUUGUUUCAAAAAGGAACUUCGUCCAAAUGGAGUUAAUUAACUUCGUGAUUUAUAUAGUUCCCAUGAUGGCAUUGAUCAUCGGGGGAAGCCAAGCGAUACCCUAUGGAUCGUAUCUGUACAAUCAGCAGUUCUGCAUGGACACAUUGACGGGUCGCCAGCUUUAUAUAGGUGAAGUCUUUACUCGAGAGGAUCAGUGCGUCCGGAUUCAGUGCCUGGAGUCGCAGCAACUCUGGGAGGAUAGCUGCCAGGUGCCGAAACUAACGCAAGGCGAUUGCAAGCCUAUUCCGUCGACGAAUGUGGGUGCCGAGUAUCCCCGAUGCUGCCCACUGUACGAGUGCAAGAGCUACAAGUCCAACUCUGGGGGAACUCUGGAGCAGACCAACACGUACGAUCACUAUGGAACCCUGCGAUCUUCCCACCUCACUGAGAUGAUAAUGUUCGAAAGGCGGCCACGCCCUCGUGGCGAAAUUCCCACGGCGCCGGCGAGGAAGUAUCAGGUCUGAGCAAUUACCUGGUAUUCUGAUCUUAGGGUUAGUUAGUCCAUAGUGCAGCUCUAAAGUGUAGAUAUAAAAUGAAAUAAUAUGUUAAAUAACUUUCGAAAUUGCAUACCUAUUAAAAUUGUGUCUGGUGAAAUGUAAUUUUUUCCACUGUGCACGUUAUUCAAACUUGGCGCCCUAUCGACACGUCAAAUCGAUAACAUUACUUAAGCUUAUCAAAUAAAUUAUCUCCAGUAAUUGUUUUCCAGUUUAAUUUUAUAUAUUCAUUGC